CAAAGGUAAUUUUGUACGUCGGCGUGGUGGUUUGGCGCCAGCGAUUUCGCGGGACAACAGCACACGAAUCAGCGCAACAGAAGAGGAAGAGAAAGUACCGAACCCAAAGAGCUGAAAUCAAACAUCCAGAGUUGAGGUUCGGGACGUGAGGCGGGCAGACGGCGCGUGUCGGCUUUGAUGGUGGUUCUGCGCCUCUUCCACUGGUCCCGAGCUCUGGUUGAAGCUUUUUGUUUGUUUUGUUGAGGUGAGUAAUGAUGAUGGCGACAGCGGUGCCUCCAAGCAGCUCCAGCUUCCUCCCUCUGCUGGAGUCUCUGGAGGACGGCACCAGUGGACCGUCUGAGCAGACGGACGCCUACCUCACCAUCGCCAACCGACUCAGUGGAGAGGAAGGACGCCACUUUCUCCCCGCAGUUGAAAAGCACUUUUCUCGCUUGGGUAACGCCAUCUUGGCUCACAUAACCAGUACAAAUGCAGAGCUGAGCCAAGCCGCCCUCCAGGCGCUGGGGUUCUGUGUUUACCACUCUCACCUUGUCUCUGCGGUGCCUGAAGCCUUUGUUGCAGAAACACUGACAGCACUUUGCUCAUUGGUGGUGAAAUCAACAGAUAAAAACACGUGCACCAGAGCGUUAUGGGUCAUCUCCAAACAGAGCUUCACUCCCGAUGUGGUCGCAGAAAAAGUGCCGUCUAUACUGGGAGCUCUGGAAAGUGUGUGGAGCAGAGAGGACAUCCAGUCUGUGGUGAUGGAGCACGAGGCCUUGAACGUUGUCAUCAGGUUGCUGGAGCAGGUACCAGCCCAGAUGAGUCAGGAAGUGGUUCGGUGGGCGAAGCUCAUCAUCCCGCUGGUCGUCCACUCUGCCUCCAAAGUGCGUCUGCGAGCGGCAGCAGCCAUGGAGAUGGGGAUGCCCCUGCUCCUGAAGAAGCAGACGGAGGUGGCGGCUGUCAUCGAACCCCUUAUGUCUUCAAAACUGAUCCCAGAGCUGCAAAAGCUUUUCAUGUCCAAGAAUGAAACGAAUGUCCUGAAGCUCUGGCCGCUGUUCGUGAGGCUGCUGGGGAAGCUGCUGCACAGAGGAGGCCCCUUCAUCAACUCCUUGCUGCAUCUGGAGGAACUCGGCUUCCGCAGCUCCUCUCCCACCGUCAAAAAGAUCGCCUUCAUCGCGUGGAAGAGCCUCAUUGAUAACUUCGCUCUCAACCCAGACAUUCUGUGCAGUGCCAAACGUAUGAAGCUCCUAAUGCAGCCGCUCACCUCCAUCAACGUCCGGACAGAAGCGCUGAUGCUCACAAAGGUGGAGGUCUGGUGGUACCUGGUUGUCCAACUCGGGCCCAACCUGUCCUCCAACUUUGACCAGGUUUCUGUGCCUCUGCUCCAAAGCACCCUUGGCUCCGAUUGCUCUGUUGUCUCUGGGACUCCUUUAAAAGCUGCUUCUCACAAUGGGACAGCUGCAGCUGGCACAUCCAAAACAGGUACUCCAGGUUUCAACAGCCAAGCCAACACGUCUCGGAUGAGCCUGAACUCCAGCGUCCAGGUGCAGCCCAGCUUCCCCUGUAUCCAACUGCUGGGUCUGGAGAUGUUGCUUCAUUAUUUUCUAGGACCUGAGGCUGUUGCUGUGGCGACAAAGAACAAACUCGUCCUGAGUCUUGAGCCCUUGAAAGACCCUCUACUCUCUGGUGCAUCAUCUUUCACCAAACAUGCCACUGUGCUCACCUCCAGCAUCAGAGACGGUUUCACAAACGUUGGCAAAGAUGCUCCAGAUUCCCUUUUGGCCGUGACAUGGACGAGUCUCGCCCGGUUUGUCAACUUAACUAUAGAGUCAGUAGGCACCAAGAAGGAUCGUCAGGGCUGUGAAGUCCUCACACUGAUGCUCCAGGCCUUGCAGAGCAUCGUCACCUCAGAAGCUCUGCCUGCAGCCAGAGUCCUGACUCUGUUUGAGGCCACAGUCCAAUGUAUUCCUCAGAGAGUUCUCGGCUCUGCCUCCUACCAAGUGGGCAAGAUGGAUGUGCUAAACGGAACGCCAGCUCGGUUUCUCAUCCUCCUGCUGUACAACAGCAGCCUGCUCCCGGCCUACACUCAAGACGAGAGGUUCUUUCAGUGCCUUCAAAAGCUGGUGGUCUGUGGCUUGUCGGGCCCCACGUCCUCUCUGGCAUUUGCGGAGGCGGUGCUCGGGGCCAUAAAAACCAGCGCCGGGUCCCUUCAGAACAAGGAGCAGCUGUGGAGGAUGUGGAGCGUGAUGGUCGGCUCGCUGACGGACACCAUCACACAGUCUAAUGAAGUUAACCAAGGCGACGCUCUGGAGCACAACUUCAGUGCCGUGCACUCGGCCUUGUUGUUCCCUGUUACACACCUCCUCCACGGAGCGCCUCUGCAGCAGGCGGCCCAGAAGUCGAUGCUGUCCACAUGGUCCAAGCUGUACAAAGUGUUUGCCCGGUGCUCAGCGCUGGUGGCCACGGCUGAGGAGAACGUCUGCUGUGAGGAGUUCUGUGCAAAGAUGGCAGCUUCGAUAGACAAAGAGGCCUUAAAGGUCCCCUCCACGUUAAAUGCUGUUUCCAGCAUCCUCCAGGUCAUGAUGGAGUGUGUGGACUUCUCACCGUACACGCCUCAAUUUCAGCAAAAGCUGAAGUCUCCACACACGCCUGUGAACUGGAUGAAGAAACGGAACAAAGCUCUGGGGAACCUGUUCACACUCCAGUCCCUGCUGGUGCAGUGUUUGGAGGUCUAUCUGGAGGCUCCGGACGCUUCCCGAGAGGCCGCGGGGGCCGCGCUGGCCUCCAUCCUGUCGACGCUCUUCACCAACCUCAUCCUCGCCAACUCUGUCCAGGAGGCGCUGACGUCUCUGAUUCGGCCUCUCAGCCUGUUGUACGAACAAGCGAGUGCUGAGCCGCCCAAGUUCAGCCCACAGCUUCUGGCAAAGUUGGAGAAGCUUCUCAGCGAGAUCCUCAACUGCCUGCAGAACCGCUCCACUCUGGCUUAUAACGACGAGCUCCUGGCUCUGCUUUCUUCUUUGCUCUGUGUCUUGUUCCCCCACAAAAGCAAACUCCUGCGCUCCUCAGUCACCCACUUCUGGAACGCCACCUUCGCCAACUCGGUCAGCCUCACUUAUCCUGAUGAGCUCAGGCCAAUAUUGAGCCAAGUGAAGCAGAAGACCCCCAUCAUUCUUCCUGGCUUUGAAGUUGUCACUGUUUCUGAUGAGCUCAGUGAACAAUAUUCGAGUGAGAGUUCCCAGAUGGAGACCAAGCUGAGUGGGAUGCCUGUGUCAUCUGUGGGGAAGAGGGACUCACUGCUGACGAAGGCUGCAGAGCCGAACGACCGGACCACAAAGACCCCCAAGCCAGUUUCUACAAAGCUGGACUUUGGUUCCCCAAAACCUCCCUGCAGGGGGGUUUUAGAGGAAGAGGCCUCUAUCGACUUUGUCUUCAUUCCUCCGGAGACGAAGCAGAGAGUUUUGACAGAGCACCAGAAGGAAGUCAAGCGGACUAAAAGGGUGGAUAUUCCUGCCAUGUACAACAACCUUGAUGCAUCUCUGGAUACCACAGUUUUCUCCCAGUUCACUCAGAGCCAGGAGGAUUCUGCCAACAAAGUGCCAACAGAACAAGCUGACAAGGUUAACAAAGAUGCUACAGGGAAGGAUUCUGAGGAAGAUAUGGAGAAUGAAGACCCUGAUGUUCUAAGAAAGGAGACACAAGAUUAUGCAAGCCCCCAAAUAGCUGAGAAGAUGAUGGUUGACCCCCAUCAGGAAGAGAUGGUCCCAGAGUCAACAGACGUUUCCAUGGAGGAGGACACGAAGAGAGGUCUGGUAACAACAUCUCAAGAACGCAUCAGUCCCAACAUGUCUGCAUCUCCAGAUUUAGUCUCGACUCCUCAGAAACCCAACAGUCGCCGUCAGCCCUUUAUCACUCUGGAGAAGUAUGGUGAUGGAAAGCCUGCCAGUCCCAGCACUGCAUCCACAUUCAAGGGUCCCCUCGUAAAGACUUCAAACAGCCAAGAACACUCCGGAAGCAGCACAACGCCGUCCUCUCAGGAUUUACAGACGUGUGCUCAUCCAAACUCCCAAGGUUCUCAGUCCAGUCCCAAAGAAGAAAUGAACUCUCAGCGUCCUGUUAAUGAUGCGACUGAGUCACCUCGAAGGCCAAAAGACUCGGAGAUGAAAAGUGAGCCAGUAAGGCUGAUUGAGCGCCUGCACAGUGACACCACAGAGGAUGAAGAUGUUAUCCCAGACACUCAAACUAAGAUGGAGAGCAAGGAAACCAAAAAGGCUUCAGGAGAGAUGAAAACGUCAAGUCAAGAGGAAGAAACUGACUCCGCUUUGGAUGAUUCUCAAUCCUCUGUUAUCCAGAGUUCUCAAAGUGAACCUAGACGGUCUGGACGCCACAGAGUCAGACCACUGCUUCCUGGAGAAAACCCAGACGACUGGGAAGAAAUGUACAAAAAUUACAAACAAAGACGCUCUGGAUCUGCUCAUAACGAUUCUCCAAUAGCAGACGGACCGUACACGAGGAGUAAACAGGCUGCUGAGGAGGACAGUGGCAAAAAGAGGCUACGAUCAAGAACCCAGAGAGACCAGGGUGAGUCCAGCCGAACCCCCUCUGAAGGCAAAGCACUCAAGAAGAUCAGACUUCUUAAGAGCGUGGAGAGUUCCCUGGACAAACCCCAACCCAGGAGGAGGAGCCCCCGAGAAUCCAGCCAAACUGACAUGUCAGACUCUCAGUCUGAUCACGAAAGCCAGUCACAGGGAAGUCGCAGCAGACCAAGCAAAACACCGGAAGAGGUCAGGCUGAAGAAAAAGGUUUUGCCUGAGAAAGAAGAGUCCAGUCAGACCAUCACACCGGAGGCUGAGAUUGAACAAGUAGAAAAUGAUAACGUGCAAAAGAUAAACACUCCUUCCCCUCCAGCUAUCAAAAAAUCCCAAGAGGUUGAGCUUGUAGAACAGAAUGAAACAAAUAAUGAGCUAAAAGACUGUCAAAUGCCCACGUUAUCCCCUGAAAAUGCUGGAAAAUCCCAAGAGGUUAAACCUGUGGAACAGACAGACAAAGAUGGUCUUCAAGCAAAGAGUGAGUCUCCGAGUCUACAAAGGUCUGAGCUUCUAGAAACAGAAAGUAGAGAUGCUCUGUUGGUCACUUCUCCAAAUAAACAAGAGUCCCAGGACAGAACAAGCACAACAUGCGAAUUGGACCAUCAGAAUCUUGUCAAAGACAAACUGAAGACAAAAGUAAUGGAGGAGAGCCUCAGUCAUGAGGACUCUCAGGAGACCACGCCGUCGUCCGAUAGCCAGUCUCUGCGUCGGUCCAGAAGAAGUAAGGCUUCAUCUGAGGCCGAGCCUGGAGAUGGGAAGCUUUCAUUGGAAAAGGAAAGUCCAUCUAAUUCUCAGACACCUGUGACAGCUUCUGAUCAGACAGAGACCAGAGGAGGAAGGACUCGAAGGAGCAAAGUACAAGAGCAGGUGACAAAACUGAGUCCGAGCUCAAACACGGAUAGUUCUCAGUCACAGGAUGCUGCCAGACCCGAGUCCCUGGGCAGAGGCAGAUACUCCAGACGCAGGUCUCUAGGAAACGUGGACACCUCAGAGUCGGACUCCUCAGAGCCCAGAGAGAGCGGCCCUGUUCCCAAGAGGAGAGGAAAAAAACCUCGAGCAUCUCUGCAAAGUCCUCUUUCCCUCGAAUGGAAAGGCAAAAAUAAUGCUGAUACGGCGAAGGAUGAGGCCGAUCAUUCUCAAAAGGAAGAAGCAUCAAAUGCAGAGGAGGGUAGUUCACAGGAAAGCCCUGAAACGCUCGCUGUUGGAGACAUAUCACAGGAGCAAUGUAACAAGGGGUCUGCAAUGAAUGUGGAGACUGAUGCUGAGGCUUUAGCGGCUGUCGCUCCAGAGAAAACCGAAACCCACGACGCCGAGGAGCAAAGUAGAAAAGAGCUCGACAACGUCUCCUCGGUGGAGAGUGGAGACACCGGGGGCCUGCGGGAGUCAGCUGCACUCAGCGGUGAGACUAUUCAGGACAGGUUGCCCUGUGACACAGCUGUGGCGUCUGAGACUUCAGAGGAACCACAGAUCUCUGAGACUUCAGAGGAGAAGGUUGAGGACUCGGAAAUGGAAGCUGAGGGAAAUCAAAAAGAUGAUUCUGAACAACAAGAACCUGCAGUUAACACAGUGGAGGACGAGUCUCUGAAUGUCUUACAUGAACUUCUGCCUGCCACAGACCAAUGUGUAGAGAAACCAUCCACACCUGUUGAAAAGGAUAAAGACGAUGCCCCCGAAACGUUGGAGGAGGAGGAAACAAAGGCAGAUGCUGUGAGCAGCAGCGUCAUCACAGAUCAGACUCCAGUCUCUGCAGAAUCUGCUCAAACAGCAUCAUUUCAGGAAUCUCCAAUGAAGCAGGAUCUGGAUGCAGUCAUGGCUGCGGAUGUUGGCGAAAGCCCGCUCAGCAGCAGGACCAGAGGGACCUGGUCCCCGUCAGCCUCCCCAUCUACCAGCAUUCUCAAGAAGGGCCAGAAGAGGCCGCUAGAGGAGGAGAGCCCCUCCCCUUUGGUCAAGUCCAGACGCGUGUCGUUUGCUAAUCCUAUCCAACAUCAGGAAACCGCAGAUGACAUCGAUCGGCGCAGCCCUGCCAUCAGAACCAGCUCCCCCAGAAGAUCCAGAGUUAGUGGUUUACCACAGCCUAAGUACGUCACUACUCCCACAAAGGGCCUGAUGAUCCUGAGUCCCCGAAACCUGCACAGUCCAGGAUACAGGAGCUCCAAGAAAUGCUUGAUUUCUGAAAUGAGCCAAGAGCCUCGAGCGGUCUCCAGAGACUGUAUCUAUCCUGCACUGGUCGGCUGCUCUGCACCGGUAGAAGCCGUGCUGCCUCAGAUCUCCUCCAACAUGUGGUCUCGGGGUUUUGGGCACCUUGUUCGAGCCAGAAACAUUAAGACCAUUGGUGACCUUAGUGCUCUCACACCCAGUGAGGUUAAGACACUGCCCAUUCGCUCCCCAAAACUCUCCAAUGUCAAGAAAGCACUUAAAAGCUACGAGCAGCAGCGAAAAGGACGAACUAGCGAUGAGUUAAAGAGUUUUGAUGAGACGGAGAUGUUGACCUCUGAACCAGAGGAGAUCAGUGCUCCUGAGAACCAGGACGAGGAAGAGAAGGUCCCAGCAGAGACGCUGGCGACCGAGCUGCUGGAUGAGCCGGCUCCUGCAGACGUGCAGCAUCAGGCGCCUGAAGGGGAGCUGGUGUCGGAGGUGGAGGCCCUGACGAGCAGGAUGACCCCCGUGGAGCUCAGUCGCUUGUCGCCGCAGCAGCUGGUUCAGAUGCACGAGCACCUGGGAGGAAUGAUGAGGUGUGUGGUGAUGGAGCUGCAGACGCGUCUCUGCCAGACGGACAACAGCGCCUGAAGGAAGCGCUCCCUCUGCCGGGUCACAGACACGGAUCACUGAUUUAGUGGUUUUAAAUCAGGAUACUUUGUUUCCUCAUCUUGGAUUUCCUUUUGCUUUGGCUUCUUCGUGUGCUAGCAACACAUUACUUUCACUAAUGGGGGAUUUUAAACACUCCAAGGAAACAGUCACAGUUUUUAACAGUACUUUCAAGCCUGCUUUUGUCCUAUAAACGUUGCAACAAUGAACCGCUGUUACGGUGACAGAUGGUACAUGAGGGGAGUGACUCCACCUGCUGCUGCUGAGACUUUGUACAUAAGAUUUUCCUCCUGUUGCGUCACCCUCACUCGUGCCAUUUACACUGCUGCCCAUCAGUGCUCUGUACAUUUGUACAAUUUCUCAGUUUGUGAACUUUUAAUGUUUUAGUAAUGAAAUGCGCAGUAAACAGUGUGAACUGUCUUUUUGUUUUAGAUGAGUCAAUAAAACAAACUGAUUGCUUUUAUA